AUGCUCAAGAAGCAUUCGAGAAGUCGAUCGCUAACUUCCCCCGAUGGCGCCACCUCACUCAUUUCGAAAUCCGUUAUCAACAUUACAUUCACUGAUGGCAACAAAUACCAGGACCUCUCUAAGCGAUCGAUGCCGAGCUCUUUAGUUUUCGAUGCUGAGCUCAAGGCUUAUAUUACAUGCGCUGAAGAGUCGGAGGUCGAGAAAUUGAAGCUUGACUGGAACUUUCCGAAGACCCACCUAUGGAAACAUGUUCUUCAUGGCCCCCUCAAAGACACCUAUCACCGUCGAACGAAUGGAAAGGAUAUCGCUGACUGCAAAUACUUCAGUAUUGAUCACCACAAAUUCGCCUCGAAACUUCUGAGAGAACGUGUCAACACGCUUGAUGAACACUGCCGCCUUAAUGGCCACGUAAAACUUGGCUCUCCGGUGCCACCCUUAGACAUCCUGGGUGUUGAGAGUCGUGGUCAAAUGGAUCGUCCAUUUCAAUCUUUUCGUCGGAAAUUUAGUGAAUUCAUCAACAAUGCUCUGCCUACCUAUGGCCAUCAACUGACGAGUUGGGUUACAUUCCCAGGCGAUUUCAAGAUUCACGAGCACCGCUAUCUCAAGGUGAACUAUGAGUCGGCUGUGGACUGGAGGCAAAAUACUGACCACCUUCGGUGCAACCCCAAAUUCCAUGGGCGGCCACGAUUCGAUCACGCGCUCAUACAACUGACCGCUGAGGAAACAGCCUUCGUCCAGCUAAUUUUCAUGUUCAGAUGUCAUAUUUCGAAUCUCGGGCCCUUCGAAUUCGCACUUGUUCAACCAUACACUGCUAGAGUCGGUCCUCGCAGAACAGACUCCACCUUCAAGCUUACUCGUGUCAAGGCUGUCCCGAGGUCGUCAUCAAUAUUUGUCCCGCUUAAAUCUUUCAUUCGAAGGAGCUGUUCUAGUGACAUGUUUUCUGCGAAUGAAACACAUAUGAGAAUAUCCAAACAACAUGCGUGCAUUUUUACCAAAGAUGCCUCAAACCCGCCUCCAAAUUCAGACGAGAAAUAUCCGAACAACACGCAUGCGUUUUUCACCAAAGACGCCUCCAAAUUUACACAAGAAUACCAAACAACACGCGUGCAUUUUUUUUACCAAAGACGCCUCAAACCAGCCUCCAAAUUAGACCGGAGAUAUCCGAACAACACGCGUGUGUUUUUUACCAAAGACGCCUCAAACCAGCCUCCAAAUUUACACGAGGAUAUCCAAACAACACGCGUGCAUUUUUUACCAAAGACGCCUCAAACCAGCCUCCAAAUUAGACCGGAAUAUCCGAACAACACGUGUGCAUUUUUUACCAAAGAUGCCUCAGCUCAGAAUUGCCUAGCACUUACAGUAUCUGGGAGCGACUUGGAUGCAGUAAGGACGGUCCUGGCUGUCCCUGGGCCAGAUGCACAAAUGCAUGAUGUUCGAAAGGCCCUUGCGGUAGCCCAGCAAGCUUACCAUGCAACACGUUCUGAACUACGGGUCCUCAAGAAACAGUAUCUCACUCUUUCAUCUGCAAUUCCUGCUCGCAGCCGCAACCGCAUGCUCAAGAAGACGUCUCCACUGGAUUCCAGCAUCACCCACCAAGGACAGAAGUAUACCCUGUUUAGUCAUUUCUGGGUCAUAAACGGUCUGUUUCCGACUUCUCCUCAACCUGCUAAUGUCGACCCACGCGCCGCUACACGUUGGAGCUCUCCCGAUGCGAAGCUUAAAGGUGCAAUGGCUGAGCUGUAUCAGAUCAUACCUAAAGACUUGCACACCUCCAUGGAAACCUAUCCACGUUUCGGAUCAUUGUUUCGUUCGGCAGUCAGCUCCGAGAGGUCAAACAUUCUGCACAGUAUCAAGGAUUGUGCAGGUGUUAUAUUCUCUCCUUUCAAGCUCGACCCCAGCAUCUUUGCCGACCAGCCUUCCAAAAAGCAGGACAACAAGGAUCUCCUUGUCCUGCUCAAGAGGAAUGGAGAGGGCGAUUACAUCCGCCUUGCACCUGUGCUAUUUGCGAAGCCCAAUGCUAUGUCAGCCGAUGAUUUCCUCAAGUCUCCAGUGCUCGUCAAAAUUAUUCGCGUUGAAGUGUAUGGAAAGGCGAUACUUGGUGGGAAGACAAGGGGCCAUCCAAAGGGCAGGGGUCUGCGAAUGGGUGCGCAGAGUGUUACUGAGGGUAUGAUUGCUGGCGCUGCUAUAUUGGCACGUUUCUUGUUAACGCACGAUACCGAGCUCACUGCGACCGGAGCAGAGACGAAGAUCGAUUACCAGAAGGAUUACGACUUCUAUCUGGAACACUUAUUCAAAAGCUCUCCAUGGGCAAUUGGCGUGAUGGAAUACUUCAAUAAGGAAGUUUUCAACACCCGUGCAGCGCUAUUGAGUGCACCCGCAUCCGUUGUACCCUCUGCCUCCAUCCCUCGCACCUGGGAAGAUGACCUAUUGGAGGAAUUGGAUAAUCCUGUUGCUCGUGCACCCUUCGCCGAACUCUUCCUGUUUUCCGCGCACCCUCGCCGGCUCUUUCCAAUCUCUCUGCUCUUUCUGCAGCGCCUGCAGAUCCUACCACCCAGGAUGACUGUAUCAUUGUCUCAACAUCAAUGUCAAUCAGCCAGCCACGUGCCGGCGUGUCUUCUACGCAGCUACAGGUGGAUGUUACGCAGACUGAACCAGCAGGUGGAAAAGCAUGGCGUCAGGGGUCGUAUUUCAGCUCAGCCUGUCCCUGCUGCUGUACCAGAUGUUCCGAAACCCAAACACAUUAGCACACGCAGCAAGAAACCAACAACGAGGUGA